AUGGACGUCAAGUCACUCCCCGAUUUCAAGAUCCUACCCUACCCUAGAACCACUCCACCACAACCAGAAGCAGAGCCGACAACUGAAUUGACCCUCAACACCUCAUCAUCAUGGACAUACUGCGGACCCCUAUUACCCCUCGACGCGCGCGAUCUCCCCCCCUCUUUCCACACCUGGGCCCAAGCCACGAUUAACGGGUGUGUACUCGACCCGCUCCUCUCGUUCCUGGCCUUCGUCCACGAGUUCCUCGAGACAAACGGCUUGUCCCACUAUUGGGUUACGGUCCGGACUAGUCAAGCGUCAAGUGACUUUGAUGUUCCGCGUUGGCAUACGGACGACUCCUUCUUUGCACAGCCAGAGUCGGAAGAUCCUAGGUCGAGGUUCAUGCCUGGUUUGUUGUCGAGGGUUGUAGUACCGCGGACUCUACGAUUGAGACGGCAUCGACAUCCCACCAACACCACCACCACCGCCGCCAAGAAAGAAAAAAAAAGCAGCAUCAGCACCCGCACCAACGGCAUAACGACAAUCCCCAGCAAAACCAAGGACACCGUUCCCACAGACUGGAAACUAACAACAACUCUCCUGGGCCCAGGCACACUCUUCAUCCCCACCCAUACGAGCCCCAAAGCCCGCGCUGCCCAAGCCACCGCCAAAGCCGCUGCCCGCGCCGCUCACCAAGAACAAAUCUGCCACUCUGUGCGGUGCGUAGGGUGCGCCAUGGCCGCGGAGUCGGUGCGGCGCCGUCUAGCACUGGAAUUGGAAGACCAUGCUAUCGUACAGGCGUGGCCGGGUGAAUGUGUCUUUUUGAGGAUUGGCGAAGAGCACGGUGCGGUGCAUUCUGAGCCGGUGGCGAGUGGGGAUCGGAUCUUUGUUAAUGUUGUUCCUGGGAGGGAUGAUGAAUUGGUGGCGUUGAUGCGGAGGUGGGGGAUGGAGUUUCCAAGAGCUUGGUGUGUUGGGUUGGGUAGUUAG